AUGGGUUUAGCGGCUACUAAAACAAAACAGAGAUUUGGGUUAGAUCCAAGAAACACUGCGUGGAGUAAUGAUACCGCGAGGUUUGGGCAUACAAUGCUGGAAAAGUUUGGCUGGAAACCCGGUAUGGGACUUGGUAUGAUUCCGGCUGAGUCUCAUAAGUCCCAUAUCAAAGUCUCUAUCAAGGACGAUAACUUGGGGUUAGGUGCUAAGAUUAAAAGGAAGGAGAGGAAGGAUGAAUUCGAUAAUGGUGAAUGCGCAGGACUUGAUGUCUUCCAACGGAUCUUAGGGAGGCUCAAUGGGAAGGAGCAAAAGAUUUCUGAUGAGCUGGAAAAGCAGAGGGUGGAAAAAGUCUUCACUGGAAGAUGGGGUGUGCAUUUUGUGAAAGGCGAGGUUUUGUCAAGUACAUGGGAUCCAGAGACCAAGAAACUGGUAAGUUAUUCGAAUAAAAGGAAGAGAUCAGAAAGUUUGAAGGAAGCCUCAGACGAGAGUUCAGACGAGGAUGAGAAGGAGGCUAAACGCUCAAAGAAGCACAAAUCAGAUAAGAAACGUAGUAAGAAGGACAAGUCAGACAAGAAAGAAAGAAAGCAUAAGAAGGACAAGAAGGACAAGAAGCACAAAUCAGAUAAGAAGAAGAAGUCUAGUAAAGAUAAAAAGAACUCACAAUCUGAUUCUUGCAAGAAGGCCGUCUUUUUGGAGUCAAGCAAAACUGCAUCAAAGAUUCCUGCCAAUGUUUCAACGAGGCUUUCAGUUCGUGCAAAGCAUAUAAGGCAGAAGCGGGCAGCAACUAUGGAUUCUAAGGCCCUCAAUGAGAUUUUCAUGAUUACUGAUGGUGGCUUCAGCUGA